AUGGCUCUCUACAAAGUGAUCGCGGUGGCGGCUCUGAUGACUCUGCUGGCGCGAGAGUCUCACUCACAGCUAGCUGUGUGUGGUCAGCCUCCGCUCAACACCCGGAUCGUUGGGGGUGAGGUGGCCCCUGAGGGCAGCUGGCCCUGGCAGGCCAGUCUGCACAGAUUUCGGAGUCACAUCUGUGGAGGGUCGCUCAUCAACAGUGAAUGGGUGCUGACUGCUGCUCACUGCUUUGCUGGAAAUACCAGCGACCUGAUUGUGUAUCUGGGUCGCCAGAGUCAGCAGAUCUCCAACCCCAACGAGGUACAUCGGACGGUGACACGGAUCAUCAUCCACCCCAACUACAACUCCAGAACCAAUGACAACGACAUCUGCCUCCUGAAGCUCUCCUCCCCGGUGACUUUCACCAGCUACAUCUCCCCCGUCUGCCUGGCCGCUCCGGACAGCAGCUUCUACAGCGGCACCGACUCCUGGGUCACCGGCUGGGGCAACAUCAGAGAAGGAGUGCGCCCACCGUUCCCACAAAACCUGAUGGAGGUGGAGGUGCCCAUUGUGGGGAACAGACAGUGUAACUGUGACUAUGGAGUGGGUUCAAUCACAGACAACAUGAUCUGUGCCGGGCUCCGUGCUGGAGGGAAGGACUCCUGUCAGGGGGACUCGGGCGGUCCACUGGUGAGCAAGCAGGGCAGCCUCUGGAUCCAGGAGGGCGUCGUGAGUUUUGGAAUAGGUUGCGCCGAGCCUAAGUUGCCAGGAGUCUACGCCAGAGUGUCCCAGUACCAGAUCUGGAUCAACAGCCAGAUCACCAGCAAUCAGCCAGGCUACGUCACCUUCACGUCCACCGGCACCGACGGUGACCUCAGCGUCACCUGUGCCGGUGUGCCGGCUCUGCCAGCACCUUCAACCACCGUCCCUCCAACCACCACGGCUAAACUAACGGUGGUUGUUCCUCCAGCGGUGGUCUGUGGCCGAGCCCCAAUGAACUCACGUAUUUUGGGGGGAAGCUCGGUGGCGACGGCUGGUGUGUGGCCGUGGAUGGCGAGCCUGCAGAAGAACGGAGGUCAUGUGUGUGGUGGGACUCUGGUGGCCGUGGACGCCGUGUUGAGCAACUCCAACUGCUUUUCCAGCCCCCCCACGCCAUCUGAAUGGACCGUUGUGUUGGGUCGGUUGAAGCAGAACGGGUCCAACCCCUUUGAGGUGACGCUGAACGUGACAAACAUCACCCUGAGCAACCUGACCGGGUCCAACGUCGCCCUGCUACAGCUGGAAACCCUCCCCAUCCUGUCAGACUACAUCCAGCCCAUCUGCAUGGACAACGGACGAACCUUCGCUGUGGGCUCCAAAUGCUGGGCCGCGGGCUGGAGCUCCGGGCGAGGAGGAGAGGAGCAGGUUCUGCAGGAGUUCCAGACCUCGGUGGAAAAUUGUGGAAACGCGUCGUCGUCCAGUGACAGCUUCUGCACCGGAGUCUUCACACUGGAGCAGGCGGUGGUGUUGUCGUCUGAAAACGCCACCAAACAAACACGAGCCCCAGUGAUGGUUUCGGUGAAACUGAGCCGCUUCCAGAACUUUCUAGCUUCAACGGUGGGCUUCUUAGCGACCUCCACCAACGCGACCUCCACCAACGCGACCUCCACCAACGCGACCUCCACCAACGCGACCUCCACCACUAGCGGGGGCUCUCCAGCUCACUCCCCCUUCUUCCUCCUCUUCCUCCACCUCCUCGUCUUCUCCGUGUGUCUCCACCUCUUCAUAUAG